AACCUCAAAUAUUAACGUCAAAUCAAAAUGUCAAAAUCAAAAUUGCCGAAACUGCCGAAAGCCAUUUGUUGAAAUAAUUGAUUUCUUAUCUAAUUUUAAGGAUAAUAUAUUAUAUAAUCAAAAAAUAGCAAUGAACAGUAUCGGAGAAGAAUGUACUGAAUUAAAGAAAAAAUAUGAUGAUUGUUUUAAUUCAUGGUUCUCGGAGCGUUUCCUGAAGGGCGAUCAUGAUGACUCUGUGUGCGCUGGAAUUUUCAAAAUUUACCAAGAAUGUGUAAAGAAGGCUAUGAAGCAACAAAAUAUAGAUUUCAAGGAAAUAGAUAAGGAUGUCUUGGGUACCGAAAGCGAAUUCAAGGUACCACCUUCGGAAGCCCAUAGUUGACACAAGGAAUCAUGCAGCCUGCUUUGUGCUUUUAGUCCAAUAACUAUGUGGAAUGUAUUUAAUGUUAGCAUUACGGGUUCAGAUAAGAAAUAAUAUUGAACAAAUCACACGAUAAUAGUUACCAAUGAAAUAUUAAUAGAAUGUAAAUAAAUAACCCUUUGCCAUAUUGUAGUCUCUGAUGUAUAAGUGUUUUGAUUCCAUGGAAAAAACUAGCGGACGCCUACUUUGUCUGCACUUAGAUCUCCUUAAUCAGGCCUUGAUGUAAAAUCUAUUAACAGAUGUCUACUUACUAUAAAGUACCUUGCCAAAGGGGAAUGCCCACCGUCCCAUACAAUGUUGACCCAAGGAACCCAGAUAUAAAAGUAUAUGGAGAUGAUAAUAUGAUGUAAAAAUAAGGAUCUGGUUAAAUAAUUGGCUUAAUCGAAGUUUGUUUCUUGAAGAAAAAAUAGUUUUUUCCAUCACUCUUCUAGGGCAAAAUGUGUACCAAAGUGGCGAAGUAACAUUUGAAGCUGUAUUAUUUUUCCUGUUACCAACAAGCUUAACAAAUAAGAAAACAAACAAACAAACUAAUCGUAAGACUUUAAAAAGUAUUGUAAAACUACUACUUUUACAAUCUUAGCUUGUCCCUGUUGUGGACAAAUUAAAGAUGAUUCAAAAAAUGUUGUAAAACGUUGUAGCAAACAUUUUUUGAAUUCAUUAUUAAAGUAAUGAUUUCAUUAUUAAAGAUGGAAUAUCAAGAUUUUUUUAGAUAAAGUAAAUUGCUGGGUGGUUAGGUAAGCCUAGGCUGGGCAAGGGCAUUCCCUUUUCAUAGUUCUACAUCAUUCAGUUUUUUAAACCUUACACAUUUAUAUAUUUAGAUGAAGUAUUUACAUACUUUCUUUUAGUGUGUUUAAUUACUUUCUAUCUAGCUAUUUUUCUAACAAAAGUUAUGUUGUGUGCUAGUCUCACCCUAAUCAUGUAAGAAAUGUAAACUUAUUAGUAUUUAUAAUUUGUGCUAAUUUUUGGUUUAUAUAAAUAUAAAACAAACCAUGCCUCCAAGCAUCUUUAUCAUGAAAAAUGUGGCAGCCUAUCAAGAAAGACAUCUGCUUUAUAAUAUUUUAUGAGUAUUUGUAUUUACAAACAUUACAAUAUAAAAAUCCUUCAUAAAUACAAAGUAACUUUUGAAUUAUUGACCAUUUUUGUUUGGCGUUACUAUACUACUAUUAUAUUAUGUUGGGUUAGUCUUGUCACUACAAAAGUAAAACUUUUGCAUUUUUACCACUCGGCAUUUAUUUGUGAAUAUUUUCUCAUUGAUGGAUUGCUUUUCAUAAUUUUUAUAUUAUUGUAGAUUUUAUCCAGAUAACUAUAAUGUAAAUAGCAAGCAGUUUGUUAGAAAGUUGGUGGCUAUUUAAAUGGAUUGUAAUGUGUAGCCUAUAUAAAGUUAUCUAUGUAAAUAUCAAUAAAUAAAAAAACAAUAUU